CUUGGAGGAGGGCUCUGCGAGUGAUGUCAGGUCGCCUCUCCCGGUUCAUUUCCAUAGCUCCCUGCAGCCUCUGCCUCCGGGAGUUAUGUUUGGUUACCGAGAUCUGCGCUGCCAAAUUGCACCGGGGUUGAUUUGGGGGCUGGGAAUUUGCCAUUCCGCUGUACAGACACUGGGUGUUUUUAAAGCCAGAUAUUAGGUAAUGGGAAGAUCUGAAAGUCAGAUGGAUAUAACUGAUAUCAACACUCCAAAGCCAAAGAAGAAACAGCGAUGGACUCCGCUGGAGAUCAGUCUCUCAGUCCUUGUCCUGCUCCUUACUAUCAUUGCUGUGACCAUGAUAGCUCUCUAUGCAACCUACGAUGAUGGUAUCUGCAAGUCAUCAGACUGCAUAAAAUCAGCCGCUCGACUCAUCCAGAACAUGGAUCCAACCGCUGAACCUUGUGCAGACUUUUUCAAGUAUGCCUGUGGAGGCUGGUUAAAACGCAACGUCAUUCCUGAGACCAGCUCCCGUUACAGUAAUUUUGACAUUUUAAGAGAUGAGCUAGAAGUAAUUUUGAAAGAUGUCCUCGAGGAACCCCAAACUGAAGAUAUCAUUGCAGUGCAAAAAGCAAAAACAUUGUACAGGUCUUGUAUAAAUGAAUCUAUUAUUGAUAGUAGACGUGGACAACCUCUACUGAAACUGUUGCCAGAUAUAUAUGGGUGGCCAGUGGCCUCAGAAAACUGGGAACAAACAUAUGGUACCUCUUGGACAGUUGAAAAAUCUAUGGCACAAUUGAGUUCUAAAUAUGGGAAAAAAGUUCUUAUUAAUUUUUUUGUUGGCACUGAUGAUAAGAACUCUACCUACCAUGUAAUUCAUUUUGACCAACCUCGACUUGGACUUCCUUCCAGAGACUAUUAUGAAUGCACUGGAAUAUAUAAAGAGGCUUGUGAUGCAUACGUGGAUUUUAUGAUUUCUGUGGCCAAAUUAAUUCGUCAAGACGAAGGAUUGCCUGUUGAUGAAAAACAACUUGCUUUGGAAAUGAACAAAGUUAUGGAAUUGGAAAAAGAAAUUGCCAAUGCGACAACUAAAUCUGAAGAUCGAAAUGACCCAAUGCUUCUUUAUAACAAAAUGACUUUGGCUCAGCUCCAAAAUAAUUUUUCACUGGAGAUCAAUGGAAAGCCAUUCAGCUGGUCAAAUUUCACAAAUGAAAUCAUGUCAACUGUGAAUAUUAGUAUUCCAAAUGAGGAAGAGGUGGUUGUGUAUGCUCCAGAGUAUUUAAUCAAACUUAAACCCAUUCUUACCAAAUAUUCUGCCAGAGAUCUUCAAAAUUUAAUGUCCUGGAGGUUCAUAAUGGAUCUUGUAAGCAGCCUCAGCCGAACCUACAAGGAGUCCAGAAAUGCUUUCCGAAAGGCCCUUUAUGGCACAACAUCAGAAACAGCAACUUGGAGACGUUGUGCAAACUAUGUCAAUGGGAAUAUGGAAAGUGCUGUGGGAAGGCUUUAUGUGAAAGCAGCAUUUGCUGGAGAGAGUAAACACGUGGUUGAAGAUUUGAUCUCACAGAUUCGGGAAGUUUUCAUUCAGACUUUAGAUGAGCUCACCUGGAUGGAUACUGAAACAAAAAAGAAAGCUGAAGAAAAGGCCUUAGCAAUUAAAGAAAGGAUAGGCUAUCCUGAUGACAUUGUUUCCAAUGAUAACAAACUGAAUAAUGAAUACGUUGAGUUGAACUACAAAGAAGAUGAAUACUUUGAGAACAUAAUUCAAAAUUUAAAAUUCAGCCAAAGUAAGCAACUAAAGAAGCUCCGUGAAAAGGUGGACAAGAAUGAGUGGAUAAGUGGAGCGGCUGUAGUUAAUGCAUUUUAUUCUUCAGGCAGAAAUCAGAUAGUCUUCCCAGCUGGCAUUCUGCAGCCCCCUUUCUUUAGUGCCCAGCAGUCAAACUCUCUAAAUUAUGGGGGAAUUGGCAUGGUCAUAGGACACGAAAUAACUCACGGCUUCGAUGACAAUGGCAGAAAUUUUAACAAGGAUGGAGACCUGGUUGACUGGUGGACUCAACAGUCUGCAAAUAACUUCAAGGACCAAUCCCAGUGCAUGGUGUACCAGUAUGGGAAUUUCACCUGGGACCUAGCAGGUGGACAGCAUCUCAAUGGAAUUAAUACAUUGGGAGAAAACAUUGCCGAUAAUGGUGGCCUUGGCCAAGCAUAUAGAGCCUAUCAGAAUUAUAUUAAAAAGAAUGGUGAAGAAAAGUUACUUCCUGGACUUGACCUAAAUCACAAACAACUAUUCUUCUUGAACUUUGCCCAGGUGUGGUGUGGGAUCUACAGACCAGAGUAUGCCGUCAACUCCAUUAAAACAGAUGUGCACAGUCCGGGCAAUUUCAGAUACAGGAAAUGGACACUUAAUCAAAUCAAAUUAAGCCAGGCUCCAAGCUCAUAGCCUAAGCUAGAAGGAUUAUUGGGACUUUGCAAAAUUCUGCCGAGUUUUCAGAAGCUUUUAAUUGCCAAAAGAAUGCAUAUAUGAAUCCAGAAAAGAAAUGCCGGGUUUGGUGAUCUUCUCAGGAGGCAGCACAUCCCUCGGCUGGACUUGCCAACACUAUGGAAAUGGGGAACUCUCUGACCCAAAGAAAAUGAGCCCCAGAUGUCACGGCAGUUCCAUGGACUAAAUAACAGAUGAAAGCACCAUAAUAUAAGAGAAAUUAGGUUUUCUACAAAGAGUAUGGAAAGAAGAGGGGACCUAAAUUCUGUCAAAUCAGUCACUUCUCGUAAAUAAUCAUUAAUUCUCAUGGACAUUGUUUCAAUUCAUUUCUAUCUCAUAUGGUCUGUCACUUUGAUGUUUUCCCUAGAAAAUAGUGUUAACCACUUGUGGUUGACCAGGAUUUCUAUUCAAGGAAUGAAUGAAAAUGUUGCAUUCAUACAGUUGGGCACCAAAAUCACAGUGGUUAUAUGAUCAUUUUAAACACAUUCCAGAAAUACUUGUUUUUACUUGUAUUUGCAAUAUUUAUUAUCCUCCAAAUCUCUUCCAAAGAACUCUUAUACAUAAUGGGCCUUCAGGCUUACAUAGCUUUAAACUCAUUUGCCACACAUCGGUUUAUUGUCAUCAUUUUAUUUUAGGCACUAUUAGGACAAAAACAAACGCCUAAAACUUGUGUUGUAGUGCUUCACUGAUAUUAAGACCCCUACAAUUUUCUAACAAUUCUUGCUCUGUUUCUCAAAACUUGGUCUUUUUAAAGGAUUUUUAGAAAUGUAUAAAAAUGAUUUUUAUAUUUAACUAUUAACUACACUUAUAACUAAAUAACUGUAAUUAUAGGUAAUCAUUAAGUAUUGAAGUUUCAGACCAAGAAAUAUUGUCAUGAACUAAGAUCUGUAAAGUGAUGUACAGAUGAAAAUUUGAGAUAUUUUUAAACUUAUAAAUCAUAUUGAUGAAAAGCUUUAAGCACAAACUUUGGAGUAAAAAUUGUCAUUGAACACUUGUGUAGAGUAAAUUUUACGGUUUACAAUCUGUCCUUAACAGUGACUGUUAUAUAAAGGCAAAGUGGCAUAUAGCUCUGUGACCUCUUAUCUUUUCAGGUUUGUCACAGAUGAAAAUAUUUUGAUAAUAAAUUGAAGUUUGAGCCCUUUACUCACUAAGCCUGUGUACAAGACAUUCAGCUUUAGAAAGUGCAUUUAUUUCUAACAAGGAAUGGGAGGCCUCUGGUAGACCUGCUUCUGAAAUUCUGAGUCAGACGGAUUUCUGGGAAGGGAGUAUAUUUAGUGUGUAAGAAGGAUUCGUCUCUUGAGCUUUUAUUUCUUCUCUUUCCCUGUCUUAUUGGCUAGCUUAGCUCAUUUCACUACCUGGUGAAUAUGUUACAAAAAAGGUACAGUUCCAUAAUCUUUAAUUUUUCUAACAAAUGGUAAAAUCUAAGACAAUUUGUAUCCACAAUUUAGGUGUUGGGGUUUUUUUCCUCUUAAAAACUCCCAUUUUCCUUUUUAAAAAAUGUUAUUAAAAUAUGGCAUCCUCUCAUGUUCUUAAAAAGUGCAUACAGCAGAAGUAUAGAGGUCACUGAAAUCACUCCCUUAGAACAUUCAAAACCUAUAGCUAACACCUAUAAAGAACAGAAGAUUGACUUAGAAGCCCACCCUUCACUUCAGUCCUCCAAAAACAACUACCUGGAUCUCUAACAGCAUACACUAAAUUGCCUAUCUUUGUCCUUUAGAUAAAUAGAAUCAGUCAGCGUACAUUCUUUCAUGUGUGAUCUUUCAGCCUUACAUUUGUGAAAGUCAACUAUAUUGUUACAUUCAUUAGGGAUCAUUAUUUCUUGCUGAAUAAUACUCUGCUGUGUUAUUUUAAUGUGAUUCAUACAGCCUAUUAUUAUUGGCACCUUGAGAAAUUUCCUGUUUCAGACCCUUAGAAAUAAUGUACCUAUGAGUUACAAACUAUGUCUACAUAUUAAUAUUUUUCCUUGAAGCUUUAGUGGGCUAUUUCUCCACAUCUUUCCAAGACUUUUUACAAAUAUUGAAAAUAUAGUUUCAGCUAAGCAUGACUAUAUUUAUCUUUUCUCCUUUUAACACAAUCUCCAUCAUUAUGGGUAAUUCAAAGUAUAUUUUAUGUCUAUAUUUCUCUAAAAUAAAUAUACUUCAGUGACAUUUGUAGUUGAAGUAAUAGGAGCUCCUAGUGAUUAAUAAAACAGCUGUCACUGAGUUAUUUUACUUCUAUCUUCUCAAAACUACUGAAAAGUCAGAAAUAGGGAGUAGUAUAGAUUAUAAAAGCAAAUUAGUAUUCCUACUGCUAACUCUUUAAAACAGUAGACUCGCAUCUCUAUGGAGGACCCAGUCCAGGGCUUGGAUACCUGCUGUAUGUAUAAGUAAGAAUUCUCUGGAGCCAAGAGAUAGAUAAAAGUCAAAAUAUCAAUUCUUUCUCCCUCCCACACUGGUGCUCUUGUUUAGUCAUAUGGAGCCUUAUGAUCUCUCUCAACCACUCCUAACCAUGUGGAAUUGCCACAUUAGAAUAUGAAUAUAUAUAUAUAUAUAUAUAUAUAUAUAUAUCCACAAUUACUGAGUUCUAGUCAAGGAAAGAGUUUGGUGUUUGGCAGCCAAGACACCAGGACUGGGAAUUGAUACAACUCAGUAAUAAAGAUUGGAAGAAGCUCUAUGUAGCACAUGUUAGUAAGGAAUCUACCUCCAUGCCUCACUGUCUGUGUGAUUUCUAAGUACAGGUGGAACAGAUGUUAACCUGGAAAAUGUCUUUGUUCUAGCCCUCCUCUACUACUGGCAAGGUGACCUUGGGCACUCGUGUGCUAUUUUGGGUCUCUGCUUCUGCCACCCAAAUAAAAGUGAAUUAGAUUCAACUCA